UGUGUUCAGUCAUAUUAUGUUUGUAAUUUUAAUAUUUAGUAAUAAAGUAGAUUCAACGCGAAGCAGACGUUUCAUUGCACUAAAAUUAUACUUAAUAGUUAACCAGUCAAAAAGCAACCUUAUCGCCGCAACAUAUGGUCGCAAUCUCGCCGGAUAUUGUGUCUACUGAGCUGCAUCGAAGGAACAAUAGACUACGCAUUCCAUUGCGAUAAGGAACUCGUUUAGCAACUAUUUUGUGCAAUUUUAGACUUAUAACUUUUGAAUAUUAUUGAAAUAGAACGUGCAAGUGACUUUAAAGUGAUCAAAUAAUGGCAAAUGUGGAACAAUUAUUAAGUGUACUUGAGAAUAAUAAUGAACUAUUGAAAAAGACUCAAAUAAAUAUUAAAAAAUGUGCAAAGGCUAGACUUACGAAAGGUUAUCUACAAACACGGAUGGAGUGUAUAGAAAGUUACUGGAAGACUUAUAAAAGUGCACAUUUAGAUUUAAUAAAAAUUACGCCGCGUGAACAAAAGUCAAUUUUACCAUAUUUUGUCAAUGAGGAUUAUUAUUUGAUCGAGGAUUUAUAUUUAUGUAUGGUGUCUGACAUUAAGGAUAUGUUAGAAGGUCUUGAAAUUCAAAGAGGACAACAAUCCUGUAUUCAGGGGAACGGCUCCACUGCAGUCGAACACAACGUACAAUCACAGGUUCGACUCCCGCGCAUUGAAUUACCUACUUUUUCGGGUGAUUACGAAGAAUGGCCUUCUUACAAAGAUAUUUUUGUUGCACUGGUACAUGAUAACACGUCACUGUCUAAUGUUCAACGACUACAUUAUUUGAAAUGCAGCAUAACAGGUGAAGCAGCAUCCUUAUUAAAACACAUCCAAAUCACCGAGUCGAAUUACUUAUCUGCUUGGGAGACUUUAAAAAUUAGAUAUGGAAAUAAACGUAUGAUAAUUAAUUCAUUAUUUAAACGAUUAUUUUCACAAAAGAAAAUUAUGUCACAAUCGGCUUUACAAUUAAAAGGAAUAUUAGAUACAACAAAUGAAGUUUUAAACAGCUUACAAAAUCUUAAGGUAUCUACAGAGUCAUGGGACCCUAUAAUUGUAUUUUUAGUCGUUCAAAGGUUGGAUCCAGAUACUCACAAAGAAUGGGAACAAUUUUCGUAUGAUAUGAGUCAAGAAGAAUUAUCUACCUGGUUUGAAUUACAGAAGUUUUUAGAAGGAAAAUUUAGAACGUUAGAAUUGUUAAAUCCACCUUUUAAACCAACUCUCAAGCCGUUAAGAGAACGUGUUUUCCACAUGUCUAUAGAGAAGACAUGUAUUAUGUGUAAGGAAAAUCAUAGCUUAUGUCGUUGUAAAACAUUCUCAAAAAUGUCACCUGCAGAAAGAAGUCACUAUGCACAACACAACAAACUCUGCUUCAACUGCUUGGCUCCAGGGCAUUCGGCAUUUAGAUGUAAUUUACCUCUUUCAUGUCGAAUAUGCAAGGCUCGUCAUCAUUCUCUUCUUCAUCAGUCAACUAAAGCAAAUGCGUCGGCAUCUUUAGAACUCCAGCAACCGAUGACAUUACCUCAGGAAGAGGAGAAGACUCUUGGUACAAUGACAGCUUUACAUAAUGUUACAGAACAUAUCAAUCUAUUGGCAACCGCAAUUGUGGUUAUAAAGGGAAACUAUGGGCACACAACUGUACUUAGGGCGCUAAUAGAUUCGGGGUCGCAGUCAUGCUUUAUCACUCAAAAGGCAACUCAAGCACUAAAAUUGCAACGCAAACCUGUAAAUUUGGUCGUCACGGGUAUGGAUAAUAUGAAGGUAAACAUCAAACAAGAAGUCAAUUUUGAUUUAUUGUCACGCUGGGAACCUAACUUUGAGCUACCAAUACACGCCUACGUGAUGUCACAGCCAUUAAAGUUUAACAUACCUUCAUCAGAAUAUUUGCAACAGGAACUGCGUCAUUUUGAGAAAUUGAAUCUAGCAGAUCCAAAUUUUAUGGAUUCCGGAGCAUUGGAUUUGCUAUUAGGGGUGCAAGAGUAUACAGCAAUUCUUAAACAAGGAUUAAUCAAGGGUCCAUCAGGCACAAUAUGCGCACAGAAAACCAGCCUGGGAUGGAUUGUGAUGGGUGGAAUAAACAUCAACAUGAAACCAAAGCAUAAAGCCAUAAUGGCAAUGAAUAUUACAACUGAUGCAAGUUUUAAUGAUUUAAUUAAAACUAUUUGGGAGAUAGAUACAGACACAAAACGUAAUUUAACUAAAGAAGAAUUGAGAUGUGAAGAAUUUUAUAAAGAAACUCAUGCUAGGAAUAACGAAGGAAGGUAUAUAGUUAGAUUACCCUUUAAAACUGAAGCACCAUUGUCAUCUGAAGGAAAUACAAAAGAAACAGCAAUUAAGAGAUUAAUGCAGCUUGAAAGAAGAUUUAGUAGAAAUCCAGAACUAAAAGACGAAUAUCUGAAAGUAAUAAACGAAUAUAAAACAUUAAAUCAUAUUGAAGAAGUACCUGAAAAAGAAUUACAUAAAAAAUCAGUUUACUUACCUCACCACGCUGUUGUCCGUCAGGACAAAGAAACUACGAAGACACGAGUUGUUUUUGAUGCUUCCUGUAAGGGCUCCAACAAUAUUUCACUUAACGAGGAGCUUCUGUCAGGUCCAGUUUUGCAAGAAGAUUUAAGAAAUUUAAUCAUGAGAUGGCGUAUUCAUGCAAUUUGUUUCGUCUCAGAUAUUCAAAUGAUGUAUAGAAUGAUAAAAAUUCAUAGAGAUGAUGUUGAUUAUCAGCGUAUAGUAUGGAGAGAAAAUCCAUCCGAUGAGAUACGUGACUAUCGCCUUCUUACUGUAACGUUCGGGACAGCCUCAGCACCGUAUCUUGCAGUAAAAACUUUGAAGCAACUAGCGCUUGAUGAAGGGGAUAAGUUUCCUGAAGCAGCUAGAAUAUUAAAUGAAGAUUUCUAUGUUGAUGAUUGCAUGUCUGGAAGUGAUGACGUUCAAAAAGCAAUUCAGAUUAGCAAGGAUUUAAAAGAAUUGUUACGUAGAGGAGGAUUCGAGUUGAAGAAAUGGUCCUCUAAUAAUACUGAAUUUAUGCAAAGUUUAAAACCAGACGAAAGAACUACUAAAGCUCAUUUCGAUUUAAAACUAGAUGGAAUAAUUAAAGCACUAGGGGUUCAAUGGAAUUUAGGGAAUGAUCGAUUUGAAUACAACUUAGACUUACCUGAAGUCGAUGAAGAAAACAUUAUCACGAAGCGGAAUAUCCUCUCAGAAAUACAAAAGUUGUUCGACCCUUUAGGUUGGAUCGCACCUAGUAUUGUUCAAGCUAAAAUAUUAAUUCAAAAACUAUGGCUUGAGAAGGUUGAUUGGGAUGAGGAUCUUAACAUUUUUCUGAAAGAAGAAUGGUUGAAGAUUCGCCGAGAUCUUAUGAAUGUGAAUAACAUUUCUAUCGAUCGAUGGUUAAGUACUUCAUGCUCCAACAUGGAUACAAUUCAAAUUCAUGGUUAUUGUGAUGCUUCUAUUUUAGCUUACGCCGCCGUGGUGUAUUGCCUAGUCAAGAAAACGGACGGUUCAUGUAGAACAUCAUUAAUUGCAGCCAGAACUAGAGUGGCUCCCCUCAAGACAAUUUCGUUGCCAAAAUUAGAACUUUCUGGAGCUUUGCUUUUAUCCCGAUUAUUGAACCAAGUAGCACAGGCCAUGAGAAUACCGAUGGAAAGAGUUUUCGCAUGGACAGAUUCAUCUAUAGUCAUAGCUUGGUUGUCUGGUGAACCCACGAAAUGGAAGCCAUUUGUGGCCAAUCGUGUAGUAGAAAUUUUAGCAAAUCAUAAAAGAGAACAAUGGCAUCAUGUCCAGUCACAAGAAAAUCCAGCAGAUAUUGCAUCUAGAGGUAUGUUUAUCUCCGAUUUGAAACACUGCAACCUUUGGUGGAAAGGACCUACUUGGUUACAAAAAGGAGAAAUCAUCUUAACAGACGAGAACAUAUUUACAACAGAUCUAGAAAAGAAAAAGGAAAGAAUUAAAACUCUCAUAUUGACAAACAUUAAAGAAGAAAAGAGAUUUUCUGAAAAAUUUGAAAGAUUUACUACCUUAAAUGAACUAUUAAGAACCAUAGCUUUUUGUAAAAAGUUUAUCAAGUUUAAAAAGGAUAAUAAAAAUAUAACAAUCACAACAGAAGAUAUAGAAGAAGCGUUACUAACAUGUAUCAAAAUAGUGCAAAAUGAAGAAUUCGAAACUGAAAUAGAUUCGUUAAAGAAAAAGAACAAUAUUAAAAAGAACAGUAAAUUGAAGACGCUUAAUCCAUUUUUAGAUAAUAAUGGAGUGCUCAGGGUGGGCGGAAGAUUAGCAAAAUCAAGUUUAGAAACAAAUACUAAACAUCCUAUAAUCAUUGGAAACAACAACACUCUUGUCUCACUUAUUAUCGCCGACGCUCAUAAAAGAACAUUACAUGGAGGUAUUCAGCUAAUGCUUUGUUAUUUACGCUCUAAAUAUUGGGUAUUGCGUGCAAAAGACAUGACAAAGAAGCAUAUCCAUCGAUGUCUAAUUUGCGCUAAGGAAAGUGCAAGGGUAAAAACUCAAUUAAUGGGUGAUUUACCUUCCGUUCGUACUACACCUUCUCGACCAUUUAUCAAUGCAGGUGUAGAUUUCGCUGGUCCAAUUCAAAUUUUGAUGAACAAAGGAAGAGGUAUCAAAACAAACAAAGCCUACGCUGCGAUUUUUGUCUGUAUGUCUACUAAAGCAAUUCACUUAGAACUAGUCGGUGACAUGACGUCAAAUUCAUUCAUAGCUGCAUAUAGACGAUUUACAUCAAGAAGAGGCAAAUGCGCACAUCUUUGGAGUGAUCAGGGAAAAAACUUCGUAGGAGCAAACAAAGAGUUAUGUAAAGCAUGGGAAGAAGCAAAAUUGCAAUUUGACCAAGAAAUCAUAGACAGCUUAGCAAAUGAUGGCACUCAGUGGCACUUCAUUCCUGCAUACUCACCAAACUUCGGAGGACUCUGGAUGGUGUAACUAGAGUUUAUAGCGUUAAAAAUGGAAAUAAUAUUGUUAAACGAUCUGUAUCUAAUCUUUGCUAUCUCCCAAUUAAUGAAGCUUAAGUGCCAAAUUGUUAAAGUAUAUAUUAAGGGUUUGCAUGUAAUCUUUUGAAAGGACAUUAAAGGUCCUUUGGUGGGCGGAUAUGUUCAGUCAUAUUAUGUUUGUAAUUUUAAUAUUUAGUAAUAAAGUAGAUUCAACGCGAA